AUGAAAGAUAAGAGCGGAACACUUGGGCGUACCGCAACUGGUAUCUUUGGUCCGGGUCUUGUGAAGCCAUCUCUGAAGGCCAGUCGAAAAACAAGCUUACCAAGUGUCAUGGCUAGUCCAGUGAAAGGUGGAGGUAUAGUCGACGAUAAUCAUAUUGCCAAUACGACCGUCGAUGUUUGGGGUGCGGAAGAGGAUCUCGGGCAGAGGAGGCAACCUGAUGUGGUAACCCUAUCUGUACCGUCUGACAGUAAGACCUCCGAAGAACAAAACAAGGAGGCCGACCUUGUGAUUGAAGAACUGGUAGGCUCAGCCGACAAGGGCAAGCAACCCGAGGGGUGGGACUCGCGCCGUGCAUCAAGCGCAUUGCAUGCUCUAUCGCAAUCACUCUCUUCUCUUCCGAAAACCCCGCCGAAGCUAGUUGCAGCAGGCACACGUACAGGGCUUCGGUCAUCGAGUAGUACGUAUAAUGGUGCACCAGGUGCAGGUUCAGGCUCCAAGUUCGUUCGGGAUGCGAAGGACAGAGGCAAACCUAACGAAGGCACGGAUGGCGCAACUUCGCAGCGGAAUGCACCUUCGAAGAGCGACGCCGCCGCUAGCCCUGUGGAAGGUGGAAGCGCAAGCAAGGGUGUCUUAAAAGUAUUAAAAAAGUGUGCAAUAUUUGUGGAUGUGCGGACGGAUGACGGUGAUGAUGCGGGGAGUUUGUUCGUCGACAUGUUAAGAGGUCUCGGCGCCAGAAUACUUGCUCGUGUUGGGCAAAGCUGCACCCACAUUGUGUAUAAGAAUGGUUCAGCUAGCACGCUGACGCGGUAUAGACUUCUGAAUGAUCCUAAGCCAUUCGUCAUUGGCAUCGCAUGGGUGGUGGAGUGCGUCGAGCAAAGAUCUAGAGUAGAUGAGACUAAGUUCAAGGUUGAUUUAGAAAUGGUCAAUGUUGCGGGCACCAGCAAGAAGCGGCGUUCUAUGCUUCCGAGGCAUAUGUCACCCGGUGCUGGGUCAAAUUUCAUUUCAACCAACCCCUCGUCUGAAGCUGAUGACAAUGAGGGACAGCGACGGCCGGAUGAUAGCAGUAGCCCACCAGGUACAUUCUCCGACGAAGAUGACCUGCCACCGCUUGAACGUGCACGAAGGCGGCGCAGUUUCCUUCCUGGUGGACAGACAAGGCUAAUUUAG